AGGCCACUCUUCUCCUCUCCAACCAUUCCCUCUCUUGGCUGUAGUCUUCUUCUGAAGUCAUCUUCGUCUUCCUGAUUUGCUUGGUUGGUGGUCGGUUGCAGGGCGAAGGGAUGGGGAUGGGGAGGCCGAGCGGAGCUUGGUCGACCCCGUGGUUGGUGGUGGUUCUUGUGCAUUGGCUCCUCUGCGCCACCGAGAGGAGGCGAGGGGCGGUGGUGGAGGCCUCCCAUGUGGAGUUUGCAUCCCUCCAAUCUGUUCCUGCCUCCGUCGUCGACAACAGGCUGAGGACUGGGUAUCACUUCCAGCCCCCGAGGAACUGGAUCAACGAUCCAAAUGGACCCAUGUACUUCAAUGGCGUCUACCACCUCUUCUACCAGUACAACCCCAAUGGCUCCGUGUGGGGUAACAUCGUGUGGGCCCACUCGGUGUCGACCGACCUCGUCAACUGGAUAGCACUCGACCCGGCCAUCCGCCCCAGCAAGCCAUUCGACAUCAACGGAUGCUGGUCCGGCUCCGCCACCGUCCUCCCCGGCAACAGGCCU